AAAACCUCCAUGAACAGCAUAAUACUUCCAAGUCCCAAGAAAGAAAAACAGUAAACCACAUUUUUCAUCAUCCAGAAAAAGAAUCAUACAGGGUUUAUCAUGGCAGGUGCUGUGUCCAAGGAAGAUGAGCGAGCCGGUGCUGAAAUUGUAUAUGGUCCUGAAGCAUGCUACAAUCAGACAAUGGAAUUUUUUCAGGAGCUUGGGUUUCCAAAAGGGGUACUUCCACUGAAAGAUCUUGUAGAAUGUGGACGAGUUCCAGAGACGGGUUUUGUUUGGAUGAAACAGAAAACCCCGUAUGAACAUUUCUUUGAAUCCACAAGUACUCGCGUAAGUUACUCUAUUGAAGUUACGGCUUACGUCGAGAAAAACAAGAUGAGGAAAAUGACUGGCGUCAAAAGCAAACAAAUGUUCAUGUGGGUACCGAUUACUGAAAUGAUUAUUAAUGAAAAUCCAGCUAAAAAGAAGAUUUAUUUCAAGACACCCAUGGGAAUCGGACGUUCGUUCCCAAUUACGGCGUUCAUGACUGACGAAGAGAAGGAGAAGUUUUUGCUGGAGAACAAUGUCAUUACUUGAGGAAAUAUUUAUCUUCAUGGGGGGACUGUAAUAGUCAGGCGUGCAGUUUUUCACCUUUGCCUAAAACUAGCUCAAAUUGAAAAACUGAAAAUAUCAUUGUUUCCGAGGCGAAAGAGUGGUAUUUAGCG